AACAGAUACCGAUAUUUUUAGUGAUAACGGUUAAUGAUCGCGUCGACCCGUUCUUAAAAUAACGAAAACAUUUUUUUUAGUCUUUCGCAUAUCAGAAAAAACGUGUCAUUGACUUGGUUCACAACUAACGUAUGAAUUUGCAGAUGAAAAUUUUUUAUGGAUGAUUUUAUCUUUACUCUAAUCAGUGAUGCUCCCAUAUCUCUCUCAUGGAAAUCGGCUCUCAGUUUGAAGACGAUUUUUUUGAGGAGCCAAUUCAGCGUAAAAUAGAGAAAUCCAAAAGUUAUGUGGCUAAAGUUUAUAAACCAUACUGGUUCAUGGAGUCUGUACUAGGAGAGGAAAGUUCUCAGGAGGUCCUGGUGACCCUGAAACAAAGAGCUAGCUUCCAUUAUCGCAGCAAAAACUAUGCGAAAGCAGCUGAGGCAUAUGGAAAAUGUUUAGAAUUGGUUCCUUCAAGUAACAAUACUUGGAAAAGAGAGUUUUUAGAAAAUCUAGCUAGAUCAUUUUUGAAGCUGGGUGAUCCUGAAAAAGCUUUAGAAUGGAGCUUAAAACUGGAUGAAUCUUCUAUAAAUGAAGAUCAAAAAGUUAUUUCAAUGAAUUUACUUGCUUCAGUGUGUCAUAAAUUGGGUAAAUACAAAGAAGAACUUGAGGCUCUACAUUCUUGUAUGCAUGCACACAAGGUGUGUCCUGAGUAUUGGCUGAGGCUUGGUCUCUGUUAUGCUGGACUUUUUAAAAUAAACUUGCCUGGGUUUUCAUUAACAAGGGCAGAAGAUGAAGAGAGUGAGUCUGAAAUGUGUUGUGCCUUCAAUUCGAAACAAUACAAGCUGCCUUCCACACACCUACCUAAAUUAGUCUCGACUUCAGAAAGUGCCAAUUCUUCUCCAAAUAAACAGCUUGAUGAAAACUCAAGUCCUGCUAUUUUAGAAGAUGACACAGUUAAAUGUGAUUUUUGUUCAUUAGGGAUACAAAUUGUAUCAUCGUGCCUUAUACGUACUAAAACAUUAAUAGAUUCUGGAGGACUGAAUCUUCUAGGUGGUGAGAAAGAUGUGGCAAUUAAAGAAAAGAUUGAUAAUUGCUUAAGAUACAUGGAGGUUGACCAAUCAUUUAUUGAUAUUGCGUCAAAAAUGUUAGGUACAGAUUUCUUUGCAUUAACUGAAGUUUGUGACAGUACUUUAGAUUCUCAGAAUACUUUUGCAGUUAAACAAAAUGGCACUGGUACUUUAGAAUAAAUGAUCUUAUCACGUUCCUAUACUUGUAUGUGAGAUGUGGUCCAUAAUGAUCUCGUGUUGACUUCACUUUUGUAAAUAAAUUUUUUUUUUAUGAUA